GAUCUCGUGAAUCGGAGGCAUUACAGGCUCGAAGGCGAGGAGCUGGAGGCGGGCGUCGGUGCUGGUACGGUGCGAUUUUCCAGUGGCGGAUCCGCGUUCCUGCUGGCGGAGCGCGCAACGCUUGCGGUCGAUGGCUACUUCACCGACCCACGUGACUCGGGCGAGGAGUCCGAUUAUAUCAGCCCGUUUGUAUUCAUGUACCUGUUCGGAGUGUCGAAGCUUCGUGUGCCCUGGCAGGGCAGGCCGCAGAGGGUCUCGAAGAGGCUGCACCCGAUCGACGAGGCGCCGGCGGAUGCGGCGUGCGGCGGCGACGCGCCGACGCUGAGGCGGAGAGCCAGCGAGGGCACCGCCUGA